AUGAGAAAUGGCGAUUUUAUUACAGUCUCAACAUAUAUAGACACUUUAACAGUAAUUGGGAUAAAAGAUGAGUAUACAUAUAAAAGGCUUGAAGUUGGGAUUCCUAUUUGAAGAUUAUCUUUAAGUACUUGGGUUAGCGAAAUUGGGCAAGCAGUCAAGGCAGAAAUCAUGACUAUUCAUAAACUAGUGCUCCAGAUGUGUUUGCCUGCUCUUUUUAUGAUGGUACUUAUCUUUUAGCCCACGCUUUAGAUUAUAUGAUAAAUAGAGGUCAAGAUUAUACAGAUCCUAUCAAGCAUCAUACCAUUAUAGGGAUAUUGCUAUAUGCUGGCGACAUUGCCUUAACAGCUCGCACAAAUCAGGACCUUAAGCGAAUGCUAGAAUAUGCUAGAGAUUCUCGCUGGCAAUCAGCCAAACUUGUCAGAAACAAUGCAAAUGCUUGAAUCCUGGGAGACAGACUUUAG